AUGAUUAUCUGGGAACCAUGUAGUAAGACAUGUAGUGGUUCUGGUGUCCAAAAGCGCGUACAGGUGCAUGUUGGGCUACUGCCGAUCAACUCUACCACUUGUGACAGUGUGUGCCUUAGGUCAAAGCUUGAAACAAGAGCUUGCAACAUUCACGACUGUCCAGUUCAGUACAGUUCACUUGGUUGUUUUAGAGAAAGUACUCCCCACGCUCUCCCGUUGAAACUGAAAAGCUUCCGGGGUAACAUAGAUUGGACUGACAUGACGAAAAUCGUUCGAGCAUGCGCACAGAUCGCCAAGGAGCGUGGCCUUCCCGUGUUUGGAAUCCAGUAUUACGGAGAAUGUUGGAGUGGACUGGACGCCGAAAACACGUACAAUAAGUACGGACCUUCCGGAGACUGUUGGAAUGGAGUGGGAAAAGAGGGAACAAAUUAUGUGUACAAAAUAUGAGUAAAAGUUCCAGUUUUUGUCGAAAUUGAGGGGUUAAAUAUUUGACAUAAUAAUCCUUAAGAGUA